CAGAGUAUCCCCCGCAGGAGGAAGUAGCCGAGGGAUGGCAUCAGGCAGGGCACGCUGCACCCGAAAGCUCCGGAACUGGGUGGUGGAGCAAGUGGAGAGUGGACAGUUCCCAGGGGUGUGCUGGGAAGAUGCAGCUAAGACCAUGUUCCGGAUUCCCUGGAAGCAUGCAGGCAAGCAGGACUUCCGGGAGGACCAGGAUGCUGCCUUUUUCAAGGCCUGGGCGAUAUUUAAGGGAAAAUACAAGGAGGGGGACACAGAAGGCCCUGCCAUCUGGAAGACUCGUCUGCGCUGUGCUCUCAACAAGAGUACUGAGUUUGAGGAGGUUCCUGAGAAUAGCCAUAGGGAUGGGGCUGAGCCCUACAAGGUGUAUCGACUGCUGCCACCAGGAACCCUCCCUGCUUCACCAGCAACCCAGAAACCACCAUCAAAGAGACACCACAGCUCUGUGUCCCCCGAGAGGGAGGAGAACGAAGAAACCACGAAGAACUGUAUACUCAGUCCCUCCUUGCUCCAGGACCCCCUCAGAAACGAGGAGGUGGAGGCCAAUGGGGGAGCUGGCCAUUCAGACUUUGGGAGCAGCAGUAGCAACAGUCCUGAGCCUCAGGAAGGCGCAGACACAAGUGAGGCCCCUUUCCAAGGAGAGCAGGUAUCUCUGGAGCUUCUGCCCCCUCCUAACUCAGACUACUCGCUGCUGCUCACCUUCAUCUACAAUGGGCAGGUGGUGGGCGAGGCCCAGGUGCAGAGCCUGGACUGCCGCCUCGUGGCUGAGCCCUCAGACUCUCAGUGCAGCAUUGAACAGGUGGUGUUUCCCAAGCCUGGCCCGCAAGAGCCCACCCAUCGCCUGCUGAGCCAGCUUGAGAAGGGUGUCCUGGUGGCCAGCAACUCCCGAGGCCUCUUCGUGGAGCGCCUUUGCCCCAUUCCCAUCUCCUGGAGUGCGCCCCAGUCUCCACCUGGUCCAGGCCCACAUAUGCUGCCCCCCAAGAAGUGUGUGGAGCUCUUCAGAACUACCCACUUUUGCAGAGACUUGCAGAAAUACUUCCAAGGCCUAGGCCCCCAACCCAAGUUCCAGGUGACACUGAAUUUCUUAGAGGAGGACCCUAGCCCCAACCACACCCCACAGAGUCUUAUCUCAGUGCAGAUGGAACAGGCCUUUGCCCGGCAAUUACUGCAGGAGACUCCAGAGGACCAGACAGCCACUCUGUCCCUGGUGCAGAGCCUGGGGGACUACCUUCCUCCUCUCCACUCUCUUCCUAUUUCUUUGAGACUCAUUCUCCACAUUAUUGACCUGCCUCCCUCGGUGAUAAUUCUUAGUGGUUUUCUGUGAUGGUUAUGUCCUUGAACUCCUCAUAUUAUCUGGCUGGUUUUUAUCUUUUUUU